AUGAGAUUUGCAACCGCCAUCAUGUACAUUAUGAUGUCCGCAACAGUCGCGCUGGCUGCUCCGUCAGAGAAGAAAAACGGCGAGGCCGACGAGCUCAUUGUGAGAGGCCUAGAGUUACGUGGUACGUGCUGCACAUGUCCUAAUGGGCAGGCUGGGUGCGGUGGAUAUUGUUACAGGAAUUGCCCCCAGUGUAUCUGGAAUUCGUGUUAG